AUUGUCUUAACCACUUACUAUGAUAGUCAGCCCACUCAUCCUUCCCGGAUAUCCGACCAAUGAACGUUGGACUUAAAGGCCUGCAUAAUGAAUUCCGUAAAUUGAAUCAUACAUAGAUAGAGCUUUUUAUCAAUGUGUAAAUAGAAGUCAAUGGUGAAACAACGUACAUUUUUUUUAUAUAAAAAACUCUUGGCUUUUUUAUUUUACCUGUAAUUAACAUACAUUGGGGUCUGCAAUCGCGGCCUUUCCGGCAGGCUCGGAAAAACACCUCGAAUGUAUUACCUAGGCGUCCAUGACAACCCCCCUUUUUAUAAAACUUGAAAUAAAUGCAACACAUUUUACGAUCUGUCGAGAUGUAAGCUAGACUUUAUUAAAGUAAAUGAUAUACCAUAAAAUAUAACACAGAAACGACUAAUAAAGCUGAUUCUUAUUUUAAUGGGAAGCGACUCCAUUUUGUAUAAAAUUCUAACAUCCGGUAAUGUUAAUACAUUCGAGGUGUUUUUCCGAGUCUGCCGGAAAGACCCGAGAAGUUGCGAUUGUGGGGUGGCAUCAAAUCAAAAUACGAAUUAUGACCACGUGGUUACUCUCGAUUUAUGACCGCCAUGAUCCCUAUUACCUUAUAUUGUUUACAUUUCUCCACAUCUAAUUUUAAAAAAAAUCAUUUCAUUUGAAUAUAUGUUGGUCAGAAUGCAGCGUGCAUCGCUCUUCUGUUGAAUUUGCAUAUUUUAUGACAAGUGAGAAAUUUUGAUUUAAUAGGAAACAGAAACUCUAUAUGUACACUGUUUUAGCGCUAUGUUUUAGAACUUGUGGCCAAAUGUUUUGAUUUUUGUCUCAGUAAUGUUUCCAUUGGAAUUCAAUAUAUUUUAUUCUAAUCUUAUCGUCAUAAUACAUUAGAGCAUUAUCAUAACAUGUUUAGAGGACAUGGUCUAAAUAUAUACCAUUUAUGUAGUACUUGGAGUAUGAAUAUUUUAUCAUUAACCUAAACUCUUGUGCCGGGAAGUUAAUUAAUUCAAAACCAAUGUAAAAACAAACCAAUGCCCUUAAAAUGUCUUGAAUUGGAUAUACCUUAGAUAUCUUCAGAUAAAAACGAAAUGACUAUAGACAUAUUGGCCAUAGCAAAAAAGACACAGUAAGGUCAAAACUGCUAUACACCAACAACAAUGAUUUUAAGAAGCUUUCCAGUCUUAUUGACACAAAGGUUUGAACGAUGGAAAGCUUAUAGUUCCCUGUCCUUAUUACACAGAUACAUCCUUCUGUUAACGAAUAUACGUAGUACAAACAUUUUAUUGAUAUGUAUUAGCAAAGAAGAUUUUCUUACCGGAUCUAUUGUCGCUGUGCAUUAAACGUUUGUAAACAUGUCAAUUAGACAGGAUUUCGAAAAGUGAAAUCUUUUCACAUAACUAUCUUACAUAGAUAAACCACGUUUGUGCAGUUCCGUACUGACCGUCAUCAUGAAGACUACAAAUCAUUUGUGGUUGAAAUUAGGAAUAACUGUGUGUUUUGCAUGUUUUGUGAUCAAUCCCGUGACGUCACAAACCAGUAAUGAUUUGAAGAAUCUGGUCGACACUCUGUUUGACUCUUAUUCCUCAAAAGUUCGCCCUGUGGUAAAUCAGCAACAUCCUCUCCAACUUGACGUCAGCUUCUACGUCAGUAGCGUUAAUGAGGUUAACGAGGUCGAUGAAAAAAUGGUUACCACGGGUUACCUGGAGUUGUCAUGGACGGACGAACUGUUGAAAUGGACGCCCGCCGACUAUAACAACACUGACACAAUAUUUGUUCCGCAGAAUGACAUUUGGAAGCCCGAUCUCGUUUUAAAGAACGGGUUUAAAAAAUUUGAAGAGCUUGGCGGCAAGUUCUACUACCUGUCUAUCGUUCAUGUAGGCGGUGUUAUAUGGCUGCCUUUUGAUGUGUUCGAAACUCGCUGCUCCAUGGACAUCACCAAAUUCCCUUUCGACACCCAAUCAUGUGACAUCAAGUUUAUCACAUGGAGCCACACCGUGGACCAAAUUGAAAUCUCAAAAUCUACAAAUGGGAUCCAGUUCUAUAAUUAUGAAGAAAACGGAGUAUGGAAAAUUGUAGAUACAUCUUCGAUGAUAAAAAAAGACCAAUCAGAAUCUGAAAUCGAUUUUACGAUCAAACUACAGCGGAAGCCUUUGUAUUACGUGAUGAAUAUCAUUCUACCCGUUAUUUUUCUGGGUUAUCUGAACAUUCUGGUAUUUGUAAUCCCAGUAGAUGCUGGAGAAAAAAUGUCGUUCUCUGUGACAGUAUUUCUGUCUUUUGCAGUAUUUCUGACUAUCAUAUCUGCAUUGUUACCAACUAGUUCUACCAGCAUACCAAUUUUAGCUAUUUAUCUGGUAAUUCAACUUGUAUAUGGAGUAUUGGCCCUUAUAAUAUCAGCUUUUCAGCUCCGCUUACGUCACAGAGACGAGACUGAGGAAGUUCAUGCAUUCUGGGUAAAAGCUAUAAAGUUACAGCAAAGGCUACGGUGUAAAAAGUACAGUCAAGUCGAAAAUCUAAACAACAAUGACGAGAAAGAAGGUAAAGAAGCCGUGCGUAAUAAUUACGUUGCUCCUGCUGAAACGUUUGGUUGGAACCAGGUUGCAUCUUCCAUUGAUUUCUUCGCAUUCUGGUUUUUCUCCAUCACAAACUCACUGAUAUCGAUAGUCAUGUUUGCAAUGGCAGCAAACAUGUAAAUGGCAAUGGCUUAAAAAAUUUAAUAUGAUAGUAUAUUCUCGCUUACUUCUUUUUAAAUACUCAUCAAUUCUCUUCAACUUGUUACAAAACUAAUAAUUUAUAGCUCAUUGAACCAACUAUUAUGCAACCACAUGGUUACAAGGUUUACGUCAGAUUUGUGUGCUAUAUUUAAAGGUUGUUUAUAAUCAUGUUCCGUACAUAAAUUUUCUUAUAUUAUGCACUGUU